CAAAUUUAAACGUCCCUGUAAACAUCUUUCAGGCAGAAAGUAUGGUGACGGUGGAGGAGGUUCGCAGAGCCCAGAGGGCGGAAGGGCCGGCUACAAUCAUGGCAAUUGGGACAGCCACGCCACCGAACUGUAUUGAGCAAAGCACUUACCCGGACUAUUAUUUUCGGGUCACCAACAGCUCGCAUAUGACUCAACUUAAACAGAAAUUUCAGCACCUAUGUGACAAAUCAAGAAUCAAGAAACGUUACAUGUACUUAACGGAGGACACAUUGAAGGAAAAUCCCAACAUGUGUGCUCCUGAUGGCCCCUCGCUAAAUGCUAGGCAAGAGAUUCUGCUGGCUGAAGUGCCUAAACUUGGAGGACAAGCAGCUGAAAAAGCGCUUAAGGAAUGGAGUCAGCCCAAGUCCAAGAUAACCCAUCUAGUUUUUUGUACCACAAGUGGUGUGGACAUGCCCGGUGCUGACUACCAGCUCACUCAGCUUUUGGGCCUUAACCCCUCAGUUAAGCGGUACAUGUCAUACCAGCAAGGUUGCUUUGGUGGCGGAACAACUCUCCGGCUGGCCAAAGACUUGGCGGAGAACAAUAAGGGCGCACGGGUCCUAGUUGUGUGCGCAGAGAUGACUGUUGCGUGGUUUCGUGGCCCAAGUGUCAACGCCCACGUCGGUGGUCUUGUCGUGCAGGCCAUUUUAGCAGACGGAGCAGCUGCAGUCAUUGUUGGGUCGGACCCGGAGCCUGGUGUUGAGAGGUCUUGGUUUACAUUAGUCUCCGCUGCCCAAACCAUCAUUCCUCAAAGUCAUGGGGCGAUUAAAGGAUAUCUCCGUGAAAAUGGGUUGUCAUUUAACCUCGUCAGGGAUGUUCCUGACCUCGUCUCCAACAAUAUUCAAGAGAUUUUGGAAGAAGCAUUUGGGACUUUAGGCAUUUCGGAUUGGAACUCAAUCUUUUGGAUCAUGCAUCCAGGAGGGCCAGCUAUCGUGGAUAAAGUGGAGAACAUGGUGGGUCUAAAACCUGACAAGUUACGUGCAUCAAGACAUGUGUUAAGUGAGUAUGGAAACAUGGGAAGCGCAUGCGUGAUGUUCAUUCUUGAUGAGAUGAGGAAGGCUUCUGUUAAAAAUGGAUCCAAAACUACUGGAGAAGGUCUGGAAUGGGGUGUGCUCUUUGGAUUUGGGCCUGGCGUCACAGCCGAAACCAUUGUGCUUCAUAGCGUAUCCAUCUAAGUGCAUUUCUCUCUAAUCAAUUACGUGAUCAUCGAAUAAAGUAAGACCCGUCGUUCGCUCGGGGUUUCAAUAUUGUCCCUUAUUGGCAGUGUUGUUAGGCUUUGACCGGAGCUCGACUCGGCAGGGGUAAGGGGUCGAGCGAAUCGGGAGUCGAUUCGGAUGAUAUCAUAAUGACGU